AUGAUUCAAUACAACUUCAUCCCCGUGAAAGCAAAAAAGGAAGCAAAGCAAUACGACAGUGUCAUUAGGGAGGCAUUGUUUUACUACAAAAGCGGUAACAGACUAAGCUGUAAGGACUACAUCGAAAGGGAAAAUGAUGCACACGGGGGUGUGGGCAAAAUAUUGGAAUCAAAAUGGAGUGGACACACAAGCAGCCAAACCAACGGCCAUUAUAAUGCUGAACAAAGUAAACCGAAUUGUCCACCUACCGCAGAGUGUCAAAAGAAUAAUUCAUUGGACUGUAAUUUAUGCUUCUCUGAGGACUUACAAAAAAACGAACUUCUAACUGCGCUGAAGCAAUACAUCAAUGAAUAUGUGGGUGAUCUGCAGGAAGCCAAGUGCAGCGAAAUAACCAACUGUGGUGAUAAGAAAAGGCUGCUAAAAAAAUACAUACACGAAAUUAAAAAAAAUAAUUUCCUCGUUUUGGAAGAUUUAUUUUUCUUCUUCAGUAUUAACACUGAUUACACGGAUUAUGCGCUGAGCAAAAUGUUCCACUGUCUACUCCUCGUGUUUGAGAAAAAGGAAGAAAAAUAUGUCUUACUCGUUUUGUACACAUUAUUAGUGAUUAUAAAUGAGAGUAAUAUUAACAAAUAUUUCACCUACAUAAUUGAUGCUUUGAUUGCCACUUUAAAUGCGCAUGAAUGCACGUUACCUAUUGGUGAGGCUGAUGACAACGUGAGGCUGUUCGACCACAAGCCUAUGGUUCUCACAAGCUACCUCGUGAAUGAAAACGCAAGAUAUUUCCUGUUCGCGUAUUUCUACAUCCUCGUGCGGGACGUUUCCGGGCAGCAGUUCAUGAACCAUGCGGACAAGAUAAUCCGGGUGUGCCUAAUGGGUCUAUUCGACCACUGCUGCGAAAUAAACUGCCUGAUGAUGAGCUUCAUUGAGGAAAUCAUCGAGCAAAUAGAAGACCACUACGUGAAUUACCACUAUAUCAUCAGCACCUGCUUACUCAAAUGCCUUUGCAACAAGUACAGUAAAGUGAAAAUAAAAUGCAUGAACACACUGCUGAAGCUAAUUCUACAUAAUAGCAACUCCAAGAAUUACAAAAUUAUUGAAAUGCUAAUUGGGUAUAAGGAUCCCAACGUGGUCCCGAUAAAAAGUUUCUACGACCAGGCGUAUGUAAAUAUAAAUUACUUGUGCAACUUAUAUAAUGAUAAAAGCACAAGGGUGAAGUUCCAAUUUUACUCAUUCCUCUUCAUAAUUCUCUAUGAAUUUAACGAGUCAAACGAAUUUGACACAUUUUUAUUGCCCUACCUUUUUUCGGCCUGCUUUGAGAAUUAUAAAAUAUUCAGACUGGUUUGCUUUAUGUACAUCCAACUGAUAUGCAGAAGGAAGAAUUUCGAAUUAGACAAAAAUAUGAAUGAUGAAAUUAUCUACCAGUUUAACCCUGAGUGGUCAUAUAAGACGGCUUUCACUUUGCCGUUGCCCCUCACGGAUUAUUACUUCCCUCCCUUUUGUCGUAGCUCUUUUCUGGUGAAGAAAAAUAUGUACACCUUACAUGUAGCACAUGUACAUCCUUGCUGUAGGGGUGGAGGUGGAAUCGAUGUAGAGUCCCACAUAGAGGAACAAAACAAACCGAGUGGUCAAGAAGAAAAUAUGUUUUACCACCCACAUGGGCAGAAAGAACAAUUGAACAGUCGGGGUAAGCAGCCAAAGGAAGAAUCCCCUUAUGAGGAGACAAACGAAGCAGAUUAUAACCCCAACACAAGCCACCAGAGUGACCAAAUGAGGGAAGACGAAUAUUCUGUAGAGUACCACGAGAAAUUACUCCAAAAUUUUCUCCAGAGCAAUCAACGUAUUAUGGACAUCCUGAAAGAAAACAAAAUUACUCAAAUAAAAAUUACCCACAACGAAAUGAACAAACAAUGCAAGCAAUUAUCCUUCACCAUUUUAAAUGCGUACUUUAAACACCUGUACAAGGAAAACGAGGAUGAAUCGAAUAAAUUGGAAUCACUCGAGAACGCUAAAAUUAUUUUGUUACUAUUUUAUUUUAUUGAAGAAAAUAUAACGGAACAUCUUCCCCACUUCUUUACACAUCUCAUUUCUGUAUUUGAAAAAAAGCUAGACGAAGAGCGCUGGUUCAUUUAUAUGAACUGCCUCUACCUCGUUGGUUCUUAUGUUAAUCCAGCUAACUAUUAUUUCUUCCUAGAAAAUUAUUUCAAACAUGUAAAGGAGAAUAAAAAAAAGAAUGUAACCCUCACUUGUCUUUAUAUGCUAAACAAUAUUUGCGUUGGGACUAUAGAAACGUAUAAGGAUAUUCGUAGAAGGGGACUCACGCGCGAUGGGAUUCAUUCAAGUUUUGUCUUCGUGCUGGAAAAAAUUAUAGGCCUUUUUUUUGGCGUCAUAAAUGGCGCGCAGCAUGUGGAAAGGUACCUCCUGGUUCUGCAGAUAAUUCACACCAUCCUGAGCAGCGAGUGCGCGUACGAGAGGCUGGAUGAGAAAUACAUCACCCAGUUGGUAAUACUACUGUACAUUAUAUUCAACAAGAUAAAGGACGUUAGAGACAAUUUGACCAAAGGAAAGGACAAAAUUUGCCUGCACAGUAACUUCUACCUACCGGUGGAUGUGCUCGACAUUCAUUUUUACAUCACCAGAAUAAAAAGGAUAAAAAAUUUCGAACAAUUAGACAUGAGCCAAGAACAAAUAAAUAUCAACGUGGGGUCAGAAAUACUUUACAAAAUAUUCAACCUCUCAGAUGACAACAUAAAUCAAAAGACAGCAAUAUUGCAAAUCCUGCCAGAUGAAUUUCUUUACAAUUCACAUUAUAUGUACUUCUUAAUUCAAUACAUAAUUAAAAGACAGACUUUUUUUUAUGACCAAAGUUUUUCCAUCUUUUUGUGUAAAAUUAUGAUUAAACUAUUCAACCUAAACCAAAACAAAAAAAACAUAACCAAAGUGGUACUUUACAACGAAGAGCUAGACUUAUAUGAUGUUCACCAGGAAAGCAAAGACAAAAAUUCCAAACAAGUAAAGCACGUAUUUCUCGAAUACGCCUGUACAAUAUGUUUACUGUUUAUUUUCAAAAAUGUAAAUAUAUAUGAAACAUUCAGCAACGUUGUUGAAACCUGUAAAGUGGUCUUGCAUCUCCUCACUGAGGUGAACAAUCCCUAUUCCUUUUUGUUCUUCGUAAAGCAUACAAGACUCGUAAACAAGCUGUGCGAUAUACUCGAGUGUAGAGAAGCAAAAAGCAUCUUUUUUUGCAAACAUGUCAUAAAUGACCUACACAUAAAUUACGAAAAAUAUAUGAACAACGAUGGGGAUAUAAAAUAUCUGGACCACAUAAACAUAGGGAAAAAAAUUUCCAUCAGAAAGAAGGUGAAUGAUGAGGUGAAUAUUCUGUUCUACUUUGUCAGUGCCUGCAUUUAUUUAAUAUACUACAAGUCGUUAUCCUGUUUGUCUGUGCUGUUAAAAGAUCAGGGAGAAGAAAUAGGUCACCUAAAAAUACAUGAAGCUUUUAGAACCCUUUUUGAUGGCACAGAAAAACGGGUUCUACAAAUAUUAAAGGUUCAGGAGCAGGGAAAUUACACUGUCUCGAAUUUGUAUAAAAGAACCAUUGAAGAUAUGCUCCUCCAAAAAAACAACUUUUCAGAGUUAUUUUUCUUAAGGAACAGAAUUUUAAAUUCCCCAGAUUAUAAUGAUCUCAUAUUGAAUACCCACAUCUAUUUUAGACACUCCUUUGACCUACUGCAAGGGGUUCACAUGUUCCUACUGAACCCGGUUAUUCUUCACUAUUUUUAUGAAGCGAACCAGGGGAAUUUGCCCAGCUCGAUCGAUGUAAAUGUGUUAAGCUGUCAUAAGUCCAGCACACUUUCCACAGAAAACCUUCCACUUCGUAGCGACGAAAUUGAGCAAGGACCACAUAGCAACAGUGAUAACAACAGUUAUGAGAAACAAAACAAUUUCGUAAAAGAAAUGGAGUCAUUUUUUCAGAAGGAAGAGACACACAAUAUAGAGGUUAUCAAAUAUGACCACACCAAUUUGGAAAAUUAUUUUAAAUCUCAUGACCUUGUUUUUUUAAUACUGGAACAUGGUGUUUAUCACGUUCCCUUCCGCGUCCUGGAGAGAAAUUCGCUCAUUAUUUUACUUUAUUCCUCCUUGCUAUUUUUUGUGGAUGAUUUUUUUCAAAUCGACGUUGUACAGAAUGAUGACGAGUCAUCCUUUUUGUCUAGCACCAGUGUGGGACUUUCGAACAAGUUCUUUUUAAAUCCCCUCCAAAUUCGUGCGGACCAUUUGAUAGCCCUCUUCAAUUUGGUCAUUCUGCUGUAUCUGGAAAACGAGGACCUGGUUACCGGCGCCUUAAUAAAAAUGAACAGCAACGAAGAUGCUCAACGACCGGCCCACUUUGAUAAAGGCAUAUUUUGCAAUAUAAUCAAUAAUGUGAUUUUCAAUUAUGAAAAGAAAAAUCUCGUGAAGGAGUCCCUGUGCGGUUGUCUUAGCUUCCUUCUGUCGGUCCUAUGCGUCAAUUAUGGAGAUGUGCUCGAAAAUUUGAAGAUAACAUACACAAGGACCAAGCACGUUAAACGGCUGGAUGUCUGCAACAACAUCAUUAACACAUUUCUGUGA